AUGAGUGGGAUGGAGGCUGCUUUAGCAUCUGGAGUGUUGAAGGUUGCAGGUGACAAGCUAGUUUCACUGUUAGCCACUGAGUUUGCUGCCAUAACCGGUGUCCAAAGAGAUCUCUCCGAGCUCCAGGAUAUACACGCAGAUAUUACAGGCUGGCUGUCGGCAGCACGUGACAGAACAAUACAGAGUGAGCCACAGUCUCGCUGGGUUGUAAAAUUGAAAGAUGUGGCUUAUGACAUUGACGAUGUACUACAAGAAGUCCAGCUAGAAGCUGAGAAACAGAAGAUGGAAAGAGAUGAUGACAAGAGUGGUAUAGCUGGCUGCUUCUGUGCAAAACCAAAGACAUUUGCAUUCCGAUACAAGAUGGCUCAUAAGAUCAAGGCAAUCAAGGUGAGAUUUGCUGCAAUCGUCAAGCAAAGAAGUGAUGUCAAUACUUUAUUUCCAAGGGAUGAACAUAUUGGUACUGGGUACAGGACAGCUGCAGAGAUGUCCUGGUUGAGCAAGGUUCCAGAGUCCAAAAUACCCCUUAGGGAUCAAGAAAAGGAUGAAAUCAUAUCUAAGCUUGUAGAAUGUAAUGCUGGAGAGAACAGCAUGAUAGUUUCUAUCGUCGGAUUAGGGGGGUCAGGCAAAACUACUUUGUCCAAACACAUUUGCCAUGACGUCAAGAUAAAGGAGCACUUCGGAGAUAAAAUAUUCUGGGUCCAUGUGUCUCAAGAGUUUGAUGUUCAGAAGCUCAUCGGCAAGCUAUUUCAAACAAUUGUUGGAGAUAAUUCAGAUCGUCAUCCCCCGCAGCACAUGGUCCAAAAAAUCUCGGAGAAGUUGAGCAAUAAGAAGUUUCUUCUUAUCCUUGAUGAUGCUUGGCAUGAGGACAGACAUGACUGGGAACAGUUCAUGGUGCAGCUAAAAUGUGGCGCACCUGAAACAAGGAUUAUGUUAACCACUCGUGAUCGAAAGGUUGCAGAAGCUGUGGAAUCAAGACAUAUAUUUGAGUUGGCAUUCUUAUCAGAGUCUGAGAGUUGGAACUUAUUCCUGAAGGGUUCUGGGUUGGCAGAGCAAGAUUUGAGCUCCGAUCAUGUACAAGUCGGAAAAGAGAUUAUCAAGGGAUGUGGUGGGGUGCCGCUAGCAAUUCAAACUCUUGGAGCAGUCCUUCGUGACAAGAAGCAAAUAAGUACGUGGAGGGCCAUAAGAGAUAAUAAUUUAUGGAAUGAUCAGAGUAUAAAUGACAGAGUGUUUGCAUCCUUGAAGUUGAGCUAUAUUCACUUGGCAGAUGAACUGAAGCAGUGCUUUACGUUUUGCUCCAUAUUCCCGAAGGGCUAUGGAAUCCAGAAAGAUCGUUUGAUUGCCCAAUGGAUAGCUCAUGGAUUCAUCAAUGCAAUGAAUGGAGAGCAACCCGAAGAUAUCGGAAGAUACUACUUAGAUUCUCUUGUAAAAGUCAGGUUUCUUCAGAAACCUUAUGAGAGCUGGGAUACUGAUAUAUACAACAUGCAUGAUUUGAUCCAUGAUCUCACUCGACAGAUACUAAAGGAUGAACUGGUGACUUGUGUACCAAUUCAUACAACAGAAAAAUUUACUCAUAAUAGAUAUUUAUCUUUGACUUCAUUCCCUGAGAAUGUUGACAAGGGAUUAUUUGACAAGAUCCGUGCUCUAUAUAUCUCUGAAAGUAAGCCAUCUUUUGAUACCACAGUGAAGAAUAGUUGUUGUAUGCGCAGUGUUGUUUUGGACUAUGCAAUUGAUACUCCGUUUUCACUAUUCAUAUUAAAGUUUGAGUAUCUUGGGUAUCUUGAAAUCCACAAAGUUAGUUGUACAACAGUUCCAGAAGCUAUCUCGAGGUGUUGGAACUUGCAGUCACUCCAUUUUGUUAGCUGCAAAGGUUUUGUGACAUUACCUGAGUCUGUUGGAAAGCUUCGGAAGCUAAGGACUCUAGAGUUGCGUUGGGUUACUGAUCUUGAGAGUUUGCCUCAGUCCAUUGGUGACUUUUAUGUUCUUCAGUCCUUGCAACUAUAUGAGUGCAGCAAGCUCCGAGAGAUACCAAGCUCUUUAGGUAGAAUUGGAAACCUAUGUGUACUUGAUAUAAAGCGUUGUUCAUCUCUGCAACAACUACCGUCAGACAUCAUUGGGGAGUUCAAAAACUUGCGAACUCUGAACCUUUCUGGAACCAAAGCUACCAUGCUACCUCAAUGGGUUACAUCGAUUGAUACUCUAGAAUGUAUUGACCUCGAGGGAUGCGAUGAGCUACGGGAGUUGCCUAAGGGCAUAGCAAACUUGAAAAGGCUUGAAGUUUUGAACAUAGGGGAUUGUAGUAAACUGUGCUGCUUACCAUCAGGGUUGGGACAGCUGACCCGUUUAAGAAAGAUAGGAUUGUUUGUUGUUGGGUGUGGUGCAGAUGAUGCGAGGAUCUCAGAGCUAGAAAACCUUGAUAUGAUAGGUGGUCGCUUGGAAAUUACCAACCUUAAGUAUUUGAAGAAUCCAAGUGAUGCAAAGAAGGCUUGCUUGAAGCGGAAGAGUAACAUACGACACUUGGUGCUGAACUGGUCUUUAAGUGAUACCGAAGAAGAGUUGGUAUCAGAUAUGGAACAUGAUUGGGGUGUGCUGAACGCUCUUGAACCAACAUCGCAAAUUGAGCGCUUGGAAAUCUUUGGUUACAGAGGCCCCUGCUUGCCAGGAUGGAUGAUGAAUCAAAAUGAUUCUUCAUAUAGUGAAGGUGGCAUAAUGCUGAAGCAAACUAUUGCAUCCCAUUUCCUUUGUUUAACUUGGUUAGUGCUAGUAAGAUUUCCAAACUUGAGGCAUAUGAGAGGAUUUGUUGAGUUGCCUUCACUGAAGAAGCUUGUGCUGUACGAAAUGCCUAAUUUAGAGGACCUGUGGACUACAUCAAGUGGUUUUGAAACUGGGGAGAAAGAAUUGGCAGCACAAUAUCUUUUUCCUGUCCUGUCCUGGCUAGAAAUACGUCGCUGCCCGACAUUAAAUGUGAGCCCCUACUUUCCACCAUCGUUGGACUAUAUGUCUUUAUACAGAAUCAAUGCGCAGCUGCUAUCCACAGGAAGGUUCUCCCAUCAGCUGCCCAGCAUGCAUCGCCUCAAGAGGCUAGAGCUAAUGGAAGUUACAGGAUCAUCAUCUGGCUGGGAACUGCUGCAGCACCUCACUAAGCUGAAAGAGUUGAAAUUUACAGUUGCAAUGACCUGA